CACUUGUUUGCCACUGCCACAGUUUUAGUUUUUAACAAAAAAAACCUCUUUUUCUGUAUUGGAAUUUAUUCAGAGAUCCAUAAAAGAGAAGUUUUGUUUGAGGAAUAGCUGAAAAGUUCAAUCUUUGAUUCAAAGUUCAGAUUUUUAAAUCAUUUUUGUGCAGGUAUGUCGACGGUAAGCAUUCCUUCGGGUUCAUUGCUACCAUCAAUUAGAUCCUCUGCCUUUACCAAGUCCCAAGUCUCUUUAGGUUCUGUUAAGAGUAUUUCUAAAGCGUUUGGCUUGAAGUUGUCGUCCUCCUUCAAAGUCUCUGCAAUGGCAACAUACAAGGUGAAGCUGGUUGACCGUGAUGGUAAAGAGAGUGAAAUUGAAGUCGCCGAUGAUGAAUACAUCCUCGAUAAAGCAGAAGAAGCUGGAGUGGAGCUGCCUUACUCAUGCAGGGCUGGGUCUUGCUGUACCUGUGCUGGCCAGUUGGUUUCCGGAACAGUUGACCAAUCCGAAGGUGCAUUCCUCGACGAUGAACAAAUGGAGAAGGGUUAUUUGCUGACUUGUAUUUCAUACCCGAAAUCCGACUGUGUUAUUCACACACACAAGGAAGAAGACGUCGUUUAAUAAUGUUCGAGUUCAUUCCUCUUCGAGGGACCUUGAAGAUCGAGGGCGAUACAAAUCUUGUGCCGUGGACGCGGAUUACAAAAAUAAAUUAACAUGGUGAUGUUUUGUGUCUGGUUUAUGGCAUAACUCUUGUUGCAAUUUGUUCAAGUAUUUGGCAAACACCAUAUUGCUCUCUAAACUAUUGUCCAUUUGAAAAACUAUUGAAGUUUGGCUCAUCUA